AUGGGCGCAUGCCAAUCUUGUCUCGGCAUUCGACGACGGGAAGACCAUGAGUCCGAACAUGCGCGCCUCAUAGACGAUGACCUCUACCCCGGCGGCUAUGGCUAUGGGUCCAUAAACAAUGCAAACCAGCAACAACACGACCCAGAGGACCUCAAGCGCGAAAGAGAGGCUUUAGAGGCGAUUUGUCAACGGGCUUCAGAUACGGUAAUCGACAUUUGGGCCCUCCAAUCCCAACCCAACUUCCAGCCUCGCGCAACAUUACCUUCUAACGAUUCACCGGGGUCAUCACGCGUACCGAGCAAUGAGAUUCGAACACCUAUAUUAAACGGCGGAGACGGCGACGCCCACAACGAUAAUCAAAUCAGACAAGAAGCUGCCGCGGGGACAGUGAGUUCGAGACCGUCGUCGUCGUCGAAUAUUGGCCAAAAGAAUUUAGCGCCUGUGCCGAAUAAUUGGGGUGAAGUCGUGAUUUCGCCGAGACGGAAGAAGGGAAAUAAGAAGGCUGGUGUUGUUAAUGGUGCUGAAGGAGGGGAUAUUUUCGGUGUUUUGAGGGUUAAUUAA